GUCAUACAUCAAACUCACAAGCAGCCGGAGGACCAGAACUCGUCCGUUUGUGCUUCUGCAACCACGCUGGCUGAUACAAUGAGCUGGUUGGAUGUGAUCGCUCACCUGCCGUGGAUGGUAAUUACGCUGCUGCUGUGGAUGGUGGUGCGCUCACAGCGGAGAGGACCCUGGGACCCACGCGCUUGUCCCACGCAGCUCAAAGGGAAGACGGCGAUCGUGACAGGGGCCAAUUCAGGGAUCGGAAAGUUCAUCGCCAUGGACUUUGCUCGCAGGGGUGCCCGUGUCAUUCUGGCUUGUCGAAGUGUGUCCCGUGGGGCCGCAGCGGUGAAAGAAAUUCAAGCAAAAACAGGAAACCCUGACGUCCAUGUGCGUCCGGUGGACCUUUCUUCUCUGGACUCUGUCAGAGAUUUUACUAAAAAAAUUCUGGAGGAAGAAAGCGCCCUUCACAUCCUCGUCAACAAUGCUGGAGUAUCAGGUUUACCCCGGCAGAUUACCAAAGAUGGACUUGAUGUUUCUUUUGCAACCAAUCAUUUGGGGCCAUUUCUUCUCACCAACCAGCUAGUUGACCUGAUGAAACGCUCAGCUCCAGCACGUAUUGUCACCGUCAGCUCUGUCAACCACAAAAAGGGUGAAGUGGACUUCUCUCAUUUUCACGGGGAGAAUGUAACUUACGAGCUGGAUCGGGUUUAUAAUCACACCAAGCUGCACAAUAUCAUCUGCACGAAUGAGUUUGCACGGAGGCUUCAAGGAUCAGACGUCACCGCCAAUUCAGUCCACCCUGGUAUCAUCCUGACGGGAAUAUUGAGGCACUAUCCCUUCAGAAUUCGUUUUAUCUUCAGCCUCAUUGGACAGUUCUUUUUCAAGUCGGCAGAGGAGGGGGCAGUCAGCGUCAUUUACUGCGCCGUGUCAGAGGAAGCAGAAGGCAUAAGUGGAAAGUAUUUUGACAGCGACUGCUCCCUUGUCCUCCCCGCCCCUUUAGCCCGAGACACAGCCCUGGCAGUCAAGGACUUUGAGAUCUGCGAAAGACUGACAUCCAAGCUGUGAAACAAUGCUUCUCCUGAUAACAGAAAGGAGCUCCACGUUCAUGUGUUGUUGUUCAAGUGACUGCACAGGCUUUCGAGCACUCAUUCAGUUAUAUUUAAUGCAACUUUGUAAAGUUGUAAACUUUGUAAAGUUGCAUUAUAUAUACUAUAUACUGUUUUAAAACUUUAAAUAUUUUAAAGGGUAUAUAUAACAUUUGGAAUAUCUGAUUGAUAAUAGCAGGGUUUUUGAAACUUGGACCAUAAGACAUUUAUCAAUAUCAAAUCAAGGCAGCAUUACAAAUGAAAGUGAGCUACAUAAAAAUGAUCCUUGUUGCGAUUGUUACAAAAAAAGAAAGAAUUGCAAUUUUCUAUUACUGUUGCGCAAUAUUUCAGAACAGGUCUGAGGUUGGUGUGGAAAAGACAACAUAGGCUCGAUUUAGUUAAACAGUUUUUUUUCCCUUUAUUGACUAAUAUAUUAAAAGAAAAUACAAGAGCAUUCAUUCUUUGACGAAUUCA